UUAGUGUUAUUACAUGCUGAUUGCAAAGAGGGUAAUUGUCUCACGAGGGAAGUGCCCGCAGGCUGCUGAGGAGGGGAGACUUAAUCUCAUUUGUUUGACUGCAGCCUAGACUCAGAGUCACGCCACAAAAACUAACAUCCCAUUCCUAUCUGAGAGUGGUUGGAUACUCCGCAUUCAGCUACUUGAUUGGACUUCCCUUUUGUGCUACUGAGUGAACAUCCCUUCCCAUCCCCACCUCUUUCCCUUUCUUUAAGAGCUUAAAUUUUGCGUGAACAUCCGUCAGCGAAGGCCGUGGCCUCCUUUAGCCGAGGAUUACAGAUUGAGGAAGGUUUAGUGGUUGAUGCGUGUUGCACACUUCUCCUGCUGCCACAGUGCGAAACACACUUGUGUGUACACUGGCUGCGUCACUGGGACCUGUGCUGUGGAAUGUUUGGUGAAUGUUUGGUGAAGAAUGGGAAUGAAUGGAGUAGCCAGGGGCCUUCACUCCCUGUCCUAUGGCUAGUUCUUCUGGAGACACACAUACAAACUGAGGUGGUGGUACAGGACAAGGUUUUUUAACUCUGCGUGGUAAAAUACAAUUCUGAAAAUGGACAUACUUCCUGGAUUAUGGUAGGGAGUUUGAGGUGUCUUCAGGAUAUUAAGUUUUGGUUUGAGACCAAGGCUGUGUGAGGGGCACAUACACUGGGUAGAGGACAUGAGCGGGAGGCAGGUGUGUAGCUAAAUGAGUGGUACAGGAAUUAACGUCAACUCAGCCAUGGCACCGCUAUCUCCAGGACUGAACGUCAACUUAUCUCCAGGACUAAACCCCAUCAACACCCCACCGAUGACAGCUCCAUCUCCAAGAUCUCCAAGGCUGAGUCUCACCACCACCCCACCGAUGGCAGCGAUAUUUCCAAGACUGAGCCUCACCUCUACUCCAGUGAUGGCUACCUCGUCUACAGUGAAGAGUGGCUCUCCAUCCUUUGCUUCCUUGUCUCCUGGACUGUUCUCCCCCUGUCUGUCCUCUCUGAGCGCAGAGAGAAGGACCUCCUCCCCCUUCAGCAGGUCCUCUAGCAGGUCUCCCACCCCGUCCAUCAUGACGUCCCCAAAGCUGUGGCAGAAAACCUCCAUCUCCAGACUGGCAGAGGAGUUCUUCUGGAUUGGUGGAAGCGUCGUAGCACAGCCCAAAUGGAGAAUGGGUCAAUAUGUGGAGAGGUGUAUGUGCACCAUGCAGACUGGCACCCAGAUGACCAAACUGAAAGGGAAGAAGAAGGGCCUGGUCAGGUUCUUCUACCUGGAUGAACACAAGUCCUGCAUCCGCUGGAGGCCCUCCAGGAAGCACGAUAAAGCUAAAAUAACCAUUGACUCCAUCCACGAGGUGUGUGAGGGCAAGAAGUCUGAGAUCUUCCAGCGCUACGCAGACAGUUGCUUCGACCCCAACUGCUGCUUCAGUAUUUACCAUGGCGACCACGUGGAGUCUCUUGACCUGGUCUCCACUAACGGAGACGAGGCCCGUACCUGGAUUACUGGCCUGAAAUACCUCAUGGCUGGCAUCAGUGACGAGGACAGUCUGGCAAAGAGACAACGCAAAAGGGACCAAUGGUUACAGCAGACCUUCUCAGAGGCAGACAAAAACGGGGACGGCAAUUUGAGCCUGGGAGAGGUUCUUCAGUUACUCCACAAACUCAACGUGAACCUGCCCAGGCAGAAAGUCAGGGAGAUGUUUAAGAAAGCAGACACAGAUGACAACCAGGGUUCGUUAGCUUUUGAAGAAUUCUGUACCUUCUAUAAGAUGAUGUCUACACGCAGAGGCCUCUAUCUCAUCAUGCUCUCCUACAGUAAUAACAAAGAGUUCAUGGACCUAAAUGACCUGGUCCGUUUCAUGGAAAAUGAACAGAAGAUGGCGGGUGUAACCAGAGAAUAUUGUCUGGAGAUAGUGAGCCAGUUUGAGCCAUGUUCUCAAAACCUACAGAAUAUGGUUCUGGGCAUCGAUGGUUUCACCAAUUACAUGCGAAGUCCAGCAGGAGACAUCUUUAAACCAGACCACCAUCGUGUGCACCAGGACAUGACUCAGCCCCUGUGUAACUACUUCAUAGCCUCGUCCCACAACACCUACCUGACAGGGGACCAGCUUCUGUCUGAGUCCAGGGUAGACAUGUACGCCUAUGUGCUCCAGGCUGGCUGUCGCUGUGUGGAAGUGGACUGCUGGGAUGGACCAGACGGGGAGCCUAUCGUCCAUCAUGGCUACACCCUGACAUCCAAGAUCCUCUUCAAAGACGUCAUUGAAACCGUUAACAAAUAUGCCUUCACAAAGAAUCAGUACCCGGUGAUCCUAUCCAUAGAGAACCAUUGCACAGUGCCCCAGCAGAAGAAGAUGGCUGAGUAUCUGUUGGAGGUGCUCCAGGAUAAGGUGGACCUUUCUACGGUCAACAUGAAUGAAUUCAGAAAGUUGCCCUCCCCAGAGCUCCUGAAAGGGAAAGUUCUAGUCAAGGGAAAGAAGCUUCCAGCGAACAUUGAUGGUGAUGCAGAGGAGGGGGAUGUGUCGGAUGAAGACAGUGAGGAAGAGGAGGAUGAAGAUGACACCCAGAUAAACACAGAUGGGAACGCUGCUGGCACUGCAGAUGAAUCCAAACCCAAGAAACGCAGGUCUAUUAUGGGCAGCUUCAGACGCAAGGUCAGCCUAUUCUCUCUCGUACAACUCCCUCCCUCCCUUCCUCCUUACCCGGCCUUCGCUUCACCGCGCUUUCCAAUCAUGUUUAUGCAAAUGAACUUCACUCUUCCUCUUCACCAUUCCCUCCACCAUGCAAAUGACUCUUACCUCACCAGCACAAAUGCAAAUCACAAACUCCCUUCACCACCCCCCUUUGCCAACACUAGCGUGAGGAAAAAGAAGAAGAAAAAGAAGCUAAUGCUCAAUUUAGACCAUGCAGACCAAGAGAACCCCAUCAUGAGAGACAAAACACAAAUUGUGUACCACAACAAGAAAGGGAAGACGAUGAGGUUAUCCCGAGCCCUGUCUGACCUCGUCAAGUACACCAAGUCUGUCCGGGUCCAUGACAUUGAAACACAAGCUUAUAUGACCAGUUGGCAAGUGUCUUCCCUCAAUGAAAGCAUUGUGAACCAGAUCAUGGCUCUGAAGCCAGCUCAGUUGGUGCGAUUAAACCAGAGACAGCUACUGCGUGUUUACCCCUCCAACUACCGUGUGGACUCUAGCAACUUCAACCCACAGCCCUUUUGGAACGCAGGAUGCCAUAUGGUUGCACUGAAUUACCAGACAGAGGGCCGCAUGCUUGAACUGAACAGAGCCAAGUUCUCAACCAAUGGCAACUGUGGAUACUUACUGAAGCCCAGGUGCAUGAACAAAGGUUUCUUUAACCCUACGCUGGAGGACCCUCUGCCAGGACAGAGUAAGACUCAAUUGGUACUGAAGAUUAUCAGUGGGCAGCAGCUUCCAAAACCCAAAGACUCGAUGCUGGGGGAUAGAGGGGAGAUUAUUGAUCCUUUUGUAGAGGUGGAGAUCAUCGGUCUGCCUAUUGAUUGCUGUAAGCAGCAGACAAGGGUGGUGGAUGACAAUGGCUUCAAUCCCAUGUGGGAGGAGAGCUUGGUCUUCACCCUCCACAUGACCCAGAUUGCACUGGUGCGUUUCCAGGUGUGGGACCAUGAUCCAAUAGGACAAAACUUCAUUGGGCAGAGGACCAUAGCAUUCGUCAGCAUGAUGCCAGGUUAUCGCCAUGUCUAUCUCGAGGGCAUGGAGGAGGCCUCCAUCUUUGUUCAUGUGGCUGUAAAUGACAUCACAGGAAAGGUUAAGCCAAGUAAUGCUGUGAAGGGUUUUUUGAAAAAAGCUACGAAGAAAGGGUCGGCCAAGGAGCCAAAGGCGGUCUCCAUGCACCUCUCCACUUACUCAUCAGAGGACGUCCGUCAGCGCUACCGCAAGGACCUGGACUCCUACUCCCAGGAGAGCAGCGGGAACGGCAGCAUGUUACUGACGCCUGCGGUCAUAGACUACCUCCAUAGAGGGACUCAGAGUGAACCACUGAAGCGAGCUCACACGGUGCAAAUCCUGGAGGAGGAAAUCCAGGGUGCUUCUCUGAAGGAGGAGAAAAAGGAGGGGAAAAGGAAGGGCAUCCUUGUCCGCAUGUCCUCCACCUUCUCCAACUCUGGGGCGUCCAUCCCGUGCAUCACAGCAACAAGCCCAGAUCUGGAGGACGUGUUUCAGUCGUCUCAGCCACAGAGUCCAGAAUCAGAGAGCCAAACGCAGUCGUUUCAGGCAGCCUGGCCAGAUCUGGAAGACCAGGUUCAAUCUUUCCAUGCACACUGGCCGGGCCAGGACAACUCGGGUCGGUCAUUUGAGCCAGACCCACCUGAGAUUGAGGACACAGCAGGAGAACCACUGACAAAGCUUAACAGUAAGCCUGCACUCCAAACUGUAUCAAAACAUCUGAAUCAGCCCCAACCCCAGCUCCAUCCGCAGCCCCAGUCCCUACCCCAGGCCCAGCCCCAGUCUCAUCCUGAGGUCAUUCUCCGGAACCGACACCCACCAUCCUCCCCUGUCAGAGUUAGACGGACCCUGGAGACCCCAGCCAGCCAACGCCCCUCCAACACAUCACAGACAAAGGUCCGCUCUCGCAGUGUUCCACGAAAGCAGCAUACCUCCCCCAUCACCCCGGUAGUUAACCGCAGGGCUGCUGUGCACUGGCAGCCUCAGACUCCUUCCCCUCCCCCCCAGAACCAUUGCCGCUAUGGCCACCAGCCUAUACCCAACGGCCUCUACCUUUCUGACAGUGACUCCAGCAGUGGUGGCAGUAUAGACAGUCUACGUCUGGAGCUCCUGCCCUCGCGCGUGCCAGUCAGUGGGCAGAGGGAAGUGGGCACCCUGCAGAGAGAGAUGAAUGCCCUCUUUGACCAAAAGAUGAAGGAGAUUCGCUGUAAAUCGCCACUCUUUUUUUACGUUGCACUGAAUUACCAGACAGAGGGCCGCAUGCUUGAACUGAACAGAGCCAAGUUCUCAACCAAUGGCAACUGUGGAUACUUACUGAAGCCCAGGUGCAUGAACAAAGGUUUCUUUAACCCUACGCUGGAGGACCCUCUGCCAGGACAGAGUAAGACUCAAUUGGUACUGAAGAUUAUCAGUGGGCAGCAGCUUCCAAAACCCAAAGACUCGAUGCUGGGGGAUAGAGGGGAGAUUAUUGAUCCUUUUGUAGAGGUGGAGAUCAUCGGUCUGCCUAUUGAUUGCUGUAAGCAGCAGACAAGGGUGGUGGAUGACAACGGCUUCAAUCCCAUGUGGGAGGAGAGCUUGGUCUUCACCCUCCACAUGACCCAGAUUGCACUGGUGCGUUUCCAGGUGUGGGACCAUGAUCCAAUAGGACAAAACUUCAUUGGGCAGAGGACCAUAGCAUUCGUCAGCAUGAUGCCAGGUUAUCGCCAUGUCUAUCUCGAGGGCAUGGAGGAGGCCUCCAUCUUUGUUCAUGUGGCUGUAAAUGACAUCACAGGAAAGGUUAAGCCAAGUAAUGCUGUGAAGGGUUUUUUGAAAAAAGCUACGAAGAAAGGGUCGGCCAAGGAGCCAAAGGCGGUCUCCAUGCACCUCUCCACUUACUCAUCAGAGGACGUCCGUCAGCGCUACCGCAAGGACCUGGACUCCUACUCCCAGGAGAGCAGCGGGAACGGCAGCAUGUUACUGACGCCUGCGGUCAUAGACUACCUCCAUAGAGGGACUCAGAGUGAACCACUGAAGCGAGCUCACACGGUGCAAAUCCUGGAGGAGGAAAUCCAGGGUGCUUCUCUGAAGGAGGAGAAAAAGGAGGGGAAAAGGAAGGGCAUCCUUGUCCGCAUGUCCUCCACCUUCUCCAACUCUGGGGCGUCCAUCCCGUGCAUCACAGCAACAAGCCCAGAUCUGGAGGACGUGUUUCAGUCGUCUCAGCCACAGAGUCCAGAAUCAGAGAGCCAAACGCAGUCGUUUCAGGCAGCCUGGCCAGAUCUGGAAGACCAGACGGACCCUGGAGACCCCAGCCAGCCAACGCCCUCCAACACAUCACAGACAAAGGUCCGCUCUCGCAGUGUUCCACGAAAGCAGCAUACCUCCCCCAUCACCCCGGUAGUUAACCGCAGGGCUGCUGUGCACUGGCAGCCUCAGACUCCUUCCCCUCCCCCCCAGAACCAUUGCCGCUAUGGCCACCAGCCUAUACCCAACGGCCUCUACCUUUCUGACAGUGACUCCAGCAGUGGUGGCAGUAUAGACAGUCUACGUCUGGAGCUCCUGCCCUCGCGCGUGCCAGUCAGUGGGCAGAGGGAAGUGGGCACCCUGCAGAGAGAGAUGAAUGCCCUCUUUGACCAAAAGAUGAAGGAGAUUCGCUGUAAAUCGCCACUCUUUUUUUACGAUUACUCUACGCUAUAGUAACCAGACACUUACAAGGACCACAGCAGUGAGCAGCCAAUUGGAAUAAACAUGGGAGUAGGAUAAACACUUGUA